AACAUUUUUCUGAGAAACUUUUAUUGAAAAUUGUCGAGAGAAUAUUCUACAAUUUGUAGAAGGACAUGCUCAAAUACAGUCAAAUAAGUGUGAAGAUAUGAGUAAUGUAAACAAGGAAAUAUGACUUAAGUAACGAAGAAUUGUGCAAAGGUGCUCGCCAGUCAACCUCACGUCGACCGAUCUCGUUCUCCAAGAUUUCAUUCGCAGAAAUUAGCAAGCAGCAUUGUAGUUAAAAUUUUUUUAUUUAAAUUGUACAGAGAUGGAGAGUGCGAAUACACCGAGCACACUGAUGGAGAUGAAAACACGAAGACAGCCAUUCCGGUCGCAAGUAUCGACCUUGGACACCAGACGGAGACAGGCUGUUUGCGUAAGGAGGGCCUUCAAGAAAUAUGGAUCCAAAAACAAUCCUCAUAUCGUUCUCGAUGGUCUCAAUAUGACCGUGCCGAAAGGCACAAUUUAUGGGCUACUUGGUGCGAGCGGUUGCGGAAAAACCACUUUACUGUCGUGCAUCGUUGGUCGGAGACGUUUGAAUUCUGGCGAAAUAUGGGUGUUGGGAGGCCGACCAGGUUCCAAAGGAUCCGGUGUGCCCGGUCCCCGGGUCGGUUACAUGCCGCAAGAGAUUGCGCUUUACGGCGAGUUCUCCAUUCGGGAAACAUUUAUCUAUUUCGGCUGGUGUGCCGGUAUGACGACAGAAGAAGUAGAUGAAAAGCUGAUUUUUUUGCUCAAGUUUUUACAACUACCGUCCGAAAAUCGUUUUGUUAAGAAUCUCUCAGGUGGCCAGCAAAGAAGAGUAUCCUUCGCGGCUGCCAUUUUAGCUGAGCCCGAACUCUUGAUUCUGGAUGAACCGACAGUCGGAGUGGAUCCCAUUCUCCGUCAAAGCAUUUGGGACCAUUUAGUGCACCUCACCAAGGAUGGCAACAAGACCAUUAUCAUUACCACGCAUUACAUCGAAGAAACUAGGCAAGCUGGUAUUAUCGGUUUAAUGAGAAACGGUAAGUUUCUGGCAGAGGAAUCGCCGACAAAACUGAUGGAAAUGCAUCGAUUAGAUACUUUGGAAGAGGUUUUUUUGAAGCUGAGCAAAAGGCAGAAUCUGGGAUUAAGAAGGAGAAGCAGUAUUCUAAGCAGUGUAACAGGCCUUCCGCCAGAAGAUGACGAAAUAGAUGAGAUGAGUGGCGAAUUCGGAGAUAAUGUGAGCAUAUCUAGUCGACGGAAAAGUGUAGUCAUUGUGGAUGAUGGCAAUGUCUCAGCAUUGCCACCGGAAGAAAAGGGUGAUUCUUCCAAACAUACUAUUAAUCCAAUGCACAUGAAAGCUCUUAUCUGGAAAAACUUUUUGUGGAUGUGGCGAAAUGUCGGGAUGAUGUUAUUCAUCAUUGGUUUACCGGUCGCCCAAAUAAUCCUCUUCUGCAUCUCCAUUGGUAAGGACCCCAUAGGAUUAAAAUUAGCCGUUGUCAACCACGAACUCAACAAUAGUAUGCAACCGUGCAUUCCUCCUGGAACCGUAUGCGAUUGGACGCUAUUAAGCUGCCGAUAUCUUCAGCACUUACAGAAGAAAACUAUACAGCUGUUACCCUACAACAGUGACGAAGAAGCUAGAAAUGCAGUGAUAAAGGGAUGGACAUGGGGCGCUGUAUCAUUUCCAUCUAACUAUUCCGAAGCUCUCAUGGCAAGAAUAGAUUACGGCAGAGAUGCCGAAGAAUGGGACAUUAAUUUCGCGGAGAUGGAAGUUGUCAUGGACAUGUCUAAUCAACAAAUAGGCCAGUUAUUACAAAGGGAUCUCUUUUACGCAUUUCAAGAUUUCGCUAAGGAGAUCACUGUAGCCUGCAACUACAGUGAGAAGUUAACAAGCGUACCCAUAAACUUUAAAACACCAAUCUUCGGACCUCAAGAUCCUAACUUCACAGAUUUUGCAGCGCCCGGAGUAAUUCUAACAAUUAUUUUCUUUCUCUCAGUCGCAUUGACGUCGGGCGCCAUGCUGCUAGAGAGAAAUGAGGGUUUGCUAGAAAGAAGUCUUGUGUCAGGUGUCACUGGUAUUGAGAUUCUCUUUGGUCAAGUAAUUACACAGUUCACGGUAAUGUUCGGACAAGUUGUGAUGGUCCUCAUAGUUUCAUUUGCUAUUUUUAAACUCACUUGCGAAGGCGAUAUUGGUUGGAUCACCGUAUUGAUCACCCUUACGGGUCUUUGCGGCAUGUGCUUCGGAUUUGUAAUUGCCUGUUUCUGUGACAAUGAAAGGAGCGCUACGUAUGUGGCAAUGGGUUCUUUUCUUCCAAUUGUGAUGUUAUGCGGCAUUAUUUGGCCCAUAGAGGGCAUGCAUCCAUUUUUAAAAUAUAUUAGUUUCUUACUACCCUUAACGAAGAGCACAGAUUCAAUGAGAUCAAUGCUGGCCAGAGGUUGGACGAUAUCAGAACCAUCGGUUUAUUAUGGCUUUAUCGCUACUCUCAUAUGGAUUAGCGUUUUCAUGAGCUUGUCGAUAUUGCUAAUUAAAUUUAGAAAGGGUUAAUUUAAAGGAAAAUAAUUUUAUAAAUAUUGUAUAAAAUAGAGU